UCCAGGUGGUGGUAAAGUUCUUUUGCUAAUAUUAUCUGGAAACUUCUCGAAAUCAUUUCAACCGGCAUUGGAAGAAAUCGAGUCGUUUUACAUUUUAACGUCGCCACAAAGUCCCAGUCUGUAUUAUUGAAUCUGCUUCAGACGAUAUACAAAACUGAAAAAAAAAAUAUUUAAAUAAAAUAGAACCAUCGAGAAAGUGGAAUAAGGUUCAUGUAACAUGCAAAAAGAUUUUUUUUACGCGCCUGCGCGAAGAAGGUUAGUUACUAGACAAGGUCGUUCACGUGUGACUUUAGUUUGAACCGUUUAGUGUACAGAGAGACGGACAGCGUACAAUAUUCAUACUUAUUAAUAUUAUAAACAAAACAAAACAAAAAAAGCUCUCAGAUAUUUGAAUAUCAAGAUGCACAGAGGAAGCCGUAGUAGACCAUCUCCAGCUGCAAGCCACCCGGCUCCGUCUCACGCUGGCCCCCCUGCACGUGCUCCCCCCUCGGCGGUGGCUCCAGCGCCUCCUCAGCCACAGCAGCCCGGGCUCAUGGCACAAAUGGCCACGACAGCGGCGGGUGUGGCAGUGGGGUCAGCUGUGGGGCACGUCGUGGGCAGUGCACUCACUGGGGCAUUCAGCGGAGGCAGCAGCAGCGAGCCUGCAAAACCAGCCAGCACGCCCCAGGAGCCAGCUAGACAGCCUGCCUACCAGCAGCCGGGCCCCUGUCACUUCGAGGUGAAACAGUUCUUAGACUGCGCCACCAACCAGUAUGACCUGCACCUGUGUGAGGGGUUCAGCGAGGCGCUCAAACAGUGCAAGCUCUCUCAUGGUGUGUCAUCGCUGGUUUAAUGUGAAGUGCUUUAGAAGCUGCUUCAGGAGAAAUGAAGGAAACACAUAUCACAAGAAACUGACAACUAGAAAACUGGACCGGAAUGUCGCCAUAGAGGAGGAAAAAAAUGCAUUAUUUAAAUACCAAAUACUGUAAUCAUAGUCUUUAAAUCAAUGUCUUUUUGUUCAGACACAGUGCUUUUUGUGGGAUUUGUAUAAACAGGUUGUAAAUGAAAGAGAUUUUUAUCCAAUGAGGUCUGCAGAUACAUUGUGUUGUUACCUUUUCUUUUGCAUCUAACUAUUUCUUAGAUGUAUACCAUAGCUAUGUUUUCUAAAUCUAGGUAUUUUUACUUAACUAUUUAAAGGCAUACAUUUACAUUUACCAAAAUAAGAACAUCUUCUGUAGUAGCUAUUUAAAUCGACAGAAAUGAUUAACAUUGGUUUUAAUAAAUGAUGCUAAUCCACAUACA